AUGAAGCAGCUGGGUGGCGAUGCACCUGGUACUGCUCGUCCUGUCCGAUGCACUAAGACGUUCGUUCACGACGGUCUUAUUCGCGCUCUACGCUCUUGCCACAGUAUCGUCAAGCAAUCGUUCGAUUGUGACAACUCCAACUACCACUAUGGCCAUGACUUGGUCGAGACUCGCACCGCGAUCCAGCAGCAGUUCCUGGCCAACCGGCGCUUUAACAUCAACAGGGAGAACCUCCGCCCUACCCCCGGAAGAGACAGGAGAGGAGGAUUGAGCAAGAAGGAGAAGAAGGCGCGUGGUGAACAGGGUGAAGUCAUGCAGAACCCAAGUCCUGCUAUCGAGGCUAUCAAGAAGGACAUGUUGGCCAAGACUGUCACUGCGAACGAGGAGUAG